AUGGCUUCUCUGGGAGGCUCGGUGCCCAUGUUCCGGAGCCUAGCGCCCCGGUUCUCCAAGGAAUUCUUCACCUGUCGUCAAUGCCUCGGACGGGGCCAGACCUAUGCGACACCAUCCGUCUUUCGGAAGCAUUUCGGUGCUCAGCCCUGGGCUCAAAGGGCUGAAAAUAUCAAUUCGAAUGCCCAUAAUGUGAGGGCCAAGAAAUUCUUCACGCCGGCUUUUACCAGAUCGGUUUCCGGGUCAGCUGUAGCGAGUGCCGUGGAGGGGGGAGCCUCGAAGGCCAAGUCGAGCUUUCCCAAGGUGUCUGAAAAGUCGGUUGCUUACUGGCUGCUUGGAAGUGCGGCCAGUGUCUUUGGUAUUGUUGUCUUCGGCGGACUUACACGGUUAACAGAAUCAGGAUUGAGUAUCACAGAAUGGCGUCCCGUUACCGGAUCUCUCCCUCCCAUGAACGCAGAAGACUGGGAGUCCGAGUUUGCAAAGUACCGCGCAUCCCCCGAAUUUCAACUUUUGAACCCGAAUAUGAACCUCUCUGAGUUUAAGUCGAUUUACUACAUGGAAUGGAUCCACCGUCUCUGGGGUCGGUUCAUUGGUCUCUCGUUUGUGUUCCCGGCUCUCUAUUUUGUCGCAAAGAAGAAGGUCAGCAAGCCCAUGGCACUACGACUGGCAGGUAUCGCUGGUUUGAUCGGGUUCCAAGGCUUUAUCGGCUGGUGGAUGGUCAAGUCCGGACUCAAGGAGGACCUCUUCGCGCAGGGAAGCCAUCCCCGAGUCAGCCAAUAUCGUCUUACUGCUCAUCUUGCGGCUGCCUUCGUCUGCUACACUGCUAUGCUCUGGAACGGCCUUGCCAUCCUGCGGUCUCACCGGCUCCUGGCUGAUCCCGAAGCUGGAACCAAGGUGCUGGAUGCGCUCCGUGACCCUAAGCUCAACAUCUUCCGUCGUUCGGUCGCCGGCCUGGCUCUUCUGACCUUUGUUACUGUCAUGUCCGGUGGCCUGGUUGCCGGAUUGGAUGCUGGUCUAAUCUACAACGAAUUCCCUUUCAUGGGCAACGGCCUGACUCCCCCAAAGGCGGAAUUGUUUGAUCCGCGCUACUCCCGUCAUGAAGAUCGGUCCGAUCUCUGGUGGCGCAACAUGCUGGAAAACCCUUCCCUCGUUCAACUGGACCAUCGUAUCAUGGCUAUGACUACAUUCACCAGCAUCAUGGCCCUGUGGGCAUACACUCGCCGCUCCCCUACGAUGAAGAGAUUGCUUCCCCCGGCUGCUAAAAAGGGCGUCCAUGGCGUCGUUGCCUUUGCCUGCGUGCAAGUUAGUCUGGGCAUUUCGACCCUCCUCUACCUGGUCCCUCUUCCUCUUGCCUCUGCUCACCAGGCCGGAAGUCUCUGCCUGCUGACCUGGGUGCUGGUCCUCGGUAGCCGUAUCUGGCACCCUUCCCGCACGGCCAAGUUGCUUCAGAUGGCUGCAAAGGCUCGUGGCCAGGCGGUAUCAAAUGCUGCUACUCAAGCCGCUCGGAAUCUGUGA